AUGGAGAAGAAGGUGGUGCUGAUCACGGGCUGCUCUUCUGGGAUUGGUCUCAGUUUGGCUGUCCGGUUGGCCUCUGACCCCAACAAGACAUUCAAAGUCUACGCCACAAUGAGGAACUUGGCCAAGAAGGAACGUCUGUUAGAGUGUGUGAAGGGCCUGCACCAGGACACCUUAGAAAUACUUCAAAUGGACGUGACUGAGCAGCAGUCCAUCCUGAAGGCUAGAGACAGGAUUGUGGAGAGACGAGUGGACAUUCUGGUGUGUAACGCUGGUGUGGGCUUGAUGGGGCCACUGGAGCUGCAGUCUUUGGAUUCAAUGAGACAUAUUCUGGAAGUCAACCUCUUCGGGACCAUUCAGACCAUUCAGGCCUUCUUGUCAGAGAUGAAAGCGCAGGGCCAGGGACACAUUCUGGUCACCGGCAGCACCGGAGGACUUCACGGUCUGCCCUUUAAUGAGGUCUACUGCGCCAGCAAAUUUGCAAUCGAGGGAGCGUGCGAGUGUCUGGCUGUCCUUCUGCAACACUUCAAUAUCCAUGUGACUCUGAUUGAGUGUGGUCCAGUCGACACCGACUUCCUGGUUAACCUGCAGAAGGCGGAGCUUGGGGAUCCAUCUCUCCAACAGGUGGAUGCCCAAACACUCAGUCUGUAUGAAAAAUACCUGCAACACUGCAGCAGUGUUUUCCAGAAUGCUGCUCAGGACACUGAAGACAUCGUGAAGGUGUUUCUAGCUGCCAUCCAGUCACCCAGCCCGGCCUUCAGGUACUUCACCAACAGCAGCGUGCCGCCUCUCGAGCUCAAGGCCGCACAUCCAGAUGGAACACAAUACAUCAGAGACAUGGGCAAGAUCAUUUUUACAGACGAGGAACAAUGA